AUGACUACUCGAUCAUCAAAUUCUUCUAGUGUCGUUUUAAAUGAUUAUCUUGCUGCUUUAAUAUUAGUGUUUGUUGGAUUAGUAGUAGUUGUCAAAAAAUUGGAUAGUAUAAUCAUUGAAUUACAAUCAUUAAAUUCAAAUCUUAAAGUAUUGGCUCCAUAA